GUUCAGCGGUGACGGGAAAAUAUGUAACGACAUCGAUGAGUGUGUUGCAAACGGUGGCACAAUGAACCAGUGUUCAAAACAUGCUAAGUGUAACAAUACCGUGGGAUCAUACGAGUGUGCCUGCAAGAGCGGGUUCAGCGGUGACGGGAAAAUAUGUAACGACAUCGAUGAGUGUGUUGCAAACGGUGGCACAAUGAACCAGUGUUCACCAAAUGCUACGUGUAACAAUACCGUGGGAUCAUACGAGUGUGCCUGCAAGAGCGGGUUCAGCGGUGACGGGAAAAUAUGUAACGACAUCGAUGAGUGUGUUGCAGACGGUGGCUCAAUGAACCAGUGUUCAAAACAUGCUAAGUGUAACAAUACCGUGGGAUCAUACGAGUGUGCCUGCAAGAGCGGGUUCAGCGGUGACGGGAAAAUAUGUAACGACAUCGAUGAGUGUGUUGCAAAAGGCGGCGUGAUGAACCAGUGUUCACCAAAUGCUAAGUGUAACAAUACCGUGGGAUCUUACGAGUGUGCCUGCAAGAGCGGGUUCAGCGGUGACGGGAAAACAUGUAAAGACAUCGAUGAGUGUGUUGCAAAAGGCGGCGUGAUGAACCAGUGUUCACCAAAUGCUAAGUGUAACAAUACCGUGGGAUCUUACGAGUGUGCCUGCAAGAGCGGGUUCAGCGGUGACGGGAAAACAUGUAACGACAUCGACGAGUGCACCACCAGUAACCUGGACUUGAAACACCAGUGUGAUGCACAGGCUAUAUGUACGAACAGUGUCGGCUCAUAUACGUGCGACUGCAAGCAAGACUAUGCCGGCGACGGGCGGACCUGCACCAUCAAAGACUUGGAGGAGAAGGCUGAAGAACUGUCGAACGUGGCGAAAACGAUUGUAGACUCGGCAUCCCCUGAUCAAGUGGUAGCGAAGGUGGAUCAGCUCGCUGGGCAGCUUGAUCAAUCACUUAAGCCAUCACCUGGAAAUUCCACGCCCGACCAGGAAGAAAAGGCGAUCAGUGCCAAGACGCACAUCCGCCAAGAGAUGGUGGUUGGUGUGCAGGCCUACGUGAAGAAGGCUGGUAUCAAGAACCUACAAGAGGCACAGAAGAUAGGCGAUGCACUGGACAAGUCAACGAACAACAAAGCGGAGUUGAAUGUAAUAAGCAUGGAUGCAUGUGUCUCAACAAGUGUUGAAGUCCUAAAGAAAACACCCAAGUCUGCCAUGACAUUGAACGACCUUACGCAACUUUCAACAGCCGUCUCGAAAGGCCCUGCUAAUGUGAUCGAUGCACUGUUUGAUACACCAGAAACCAUUCCACUUGAUGUUGACAUGAAGACAAGGAUGCCUUCGAAGGAGAAGCAGGCACUGUCCAAGGAUAUCAUGAACAAAACGAAUUCUUUAAUCCGCGACAUGCAGCAGGUCCUCUUUAGUAAGAUAGGCACAGACGCAGCGUUUGCCGAGGUUGCGUCCAAGUCGUUCGGCUUCAAGAUCGGCAAACGCAAGAAUUCCUUUCUGAAGAAGAAGGAAGCCAUAAAGAUGGGAAAUGUGGACGCUACGCUUAGCGAUGGUCUUGAGGCAGAAGGCGAUAUCAGUUUUUCAUUGACAACGUUUUCCCGGAACCCUUACCUCUAUGGCGAAGAUUCCCACUUGACUAACACCCCUGUGCUGCAAAUGGAGGUCGAGGACACUGCGAAGAAACCACCAGAGCCCGCUAUAUUCAGCGGGAGAAGUGCAAUGCAGGCGACGAUUACAUCAGAGUUAGAAGACAAUGAUAAGCAGAAGGUGAAAGUACUGCUUGACGAUAUGCCAGAGAGAGGGAAGGUACAUGACAUAUCGUUGGAUGACCGCCACGCUUACAUGCGUUUGACCUUCACCAAGGAGUUCGUUGGUAAUGUCACCUUGUUAGGCCAAAUGAACAUCCAACCUGGUGACGUAGACUUCGACUUCCAGUACGUCAUAGACAAUGCGAUACUGUAUCAGGAGGUGAGAGCAGGAUGUCGGAUUGUGACAAAUCAACAAGGCCAGGAUUACUCCUUAUUUGUCUACAGUUCCUGCUUUAAACAGCUUGGGAAGAUGAAGCUUUUGUUCAAACUUGCCUCAGGUGCAAUAGCCCCAGUCACUGUUACCCAAGGGCGCAGACGGCUGUUGGCCAAAGGCAGCUACACAGUCGCAAUGGUCAUGAUACAACCUCGUGCGUGGAAUCCGGCUGCCAGUGCAUGGGAAGUUGUCGACUGGAUAGAGGUCCUGCCAGAGUCUACAUCAAAUGCUGUCAAGUUCAAGAGCAACUUCUUCGGGACGAUCACCAGCGGGCUCUUCGUGCCGCCAAAUACCAUAGACUUUGCGGCGAUCUUCCCCAACUUCCUCGAAAGAGUCCGGGACAGCCCAACGGUCCUUGCAACUAUUCUCAUCAUACUUUUCGUUUUUGUGAUAUUGCUCAUAUGGACCCGGCGGAUGGACAAGAAAGACUUCAAUAUGUGGGUAUGCGCCCCCUUGGUCGAUAAUCACCCAGGCGACCAGUACUGCUACCGUAUCAACCUGCACACAUCAUCUCGCAUUGGUGCCGGAACCAGUGCCAACGUCUUCAUCAUCAUCAUCGGAGAGAAGGGAGCUACAGAGCCAAGACCUCUCUAUGAUGGGUAUAGGCAGAAUUUCCAACGAGGGUCCAUCAGUUCGUUCCUGCUGAAGAACCACUCGUUUCUGGGUCGUCCUCAGUAUGUGUUCGUCUGGCAUGACGGGGAAGGGGCAGAACCACACUGGCAUCUAUCACAUAUUGUCAUAGAGGACUUGUACCGAGAAACAUGUGACUACUUCCUCUGCGCCCAUUGGCUGUCUGCAACCAAGGGAGAUCACCGCACCAACCGUCUCCUCCGCGUGACCCACGAAGAGAACAUCAGCAGUGUCUCCAACCUCUUCAGCCAACACUCUAAACGAUUCCUCUUCGACACCAACAUCUGGUUCUCCAUGUUCAACCGACCAAACAAGAGUCGCUUUACUCGAGUCCAGCGCCUCUGCUGCUGCACGGCCGCACUCUUCCUCAUGAUGUUGUCCAACGCCAUGUGGUAUCAAACUGGUACGACGGGAAGUAGCUCCGCGCUGCAUAUAGGCCCUUUGCGGAUAAGCUUCCGUACUGUUUUCAUCGGUCUGAUGUCCAGCGUAAUAAUCCUUCCACCAACGAUGGCAAUGGUUGAGAUAUUUUCACGGACUCGUUUUCAUCGAAAGGAAAUAAACGUUCAAAUAAGACGUAAAUAUCCCGAGAGGAAACAGGCCCGCCUUCUGCCCUGGUGGUGUGUGUUCUUCGGCUACAUCCUAGUGAUCAUGGCCAUCUCGUGCGGGGUCUUCUUCACCUUCUUCUACAGUCUCGAAUGGGGCGGGACGAAGUCGAAUGAAUGGCUAUCGACUCUGUUGAUCUCCUUGGUAGAGACCGUGGUCUUACUUCAGCCUGGGAAGAUGCUGCUAAUCGCCCUCAUCCUGACCUGCAUUCUGCGGCUACCAUCAGAUGCCGACGAGACAGUAGAGGACGAAUUCUUGCUAACUGAUGUCGCUGAGAACGUGAACACAUUGGAAAUUCCAGUUGCGCGAACGAUCCCGGACCUUCCUGACGAUCUCGACAACUGCCAAGAGAAUGAGGCGACAAGGAAAGCACGAGCUGCUCGCGAUAAGAAGCUGUUCACCAUAGCACGUGCUACAGGGAUCCAGUUCCUUUACUUGCUUCUCCUCAUGAUCAUCUGUAGCAGUAAUCGAGGGAGCCACUACUACAGACAGAACACGGCUCUUAAGAGAGCUUUUGACCUGAAGGAAAAUAACGUCAUCAUUCGCCUUGCUGACUACGGUCAGCUGUACAGGUGGCUGAACCAUAAUGUCACUCCGAUUCUCUACCCCGAUAAGUACUACAAUGGCCUUGCCUUGAAGUCGUACGACAGAAGGUUUAUUGCCAACAUGGAUGGCUUGAGGGUUGGACCUGCGAGACUCAGACAGAAGAGGGUCAGACAAGGUUUGUGUACGUGGAACAAGAUCGUCACAAAAUGUGCCAGUGACUUUGAUACAAGUAUAGAAGAAAGCGACGACUUCCUGACAUAUUGGAGAAAACCUACAACAACAUUCACCAAGUCACCUUUUGUUUACACGUCUGCUCAAAAAAACGACAUUCCACUUUACGGUGAAUAUGCCACAUUCGAUGGCGGCGGCUAUGUUGCAGAGUUAGGCGACAGUUCCAAAACUGCUCUACUGGUUCUCAGUCAGUUGUUUAAGAAGAACUGGAUAGAUCGACUCACCAGAGCAGUUUUCGUUGAAGCCACAAUCUACAACGCUAAUGUCAAUUUGUUUUCAUGCUUACGAAUAAUGAUCGAGACACCAGCAGUUGGCGGGAUACUCAUCUCUAGAACUGUGGAAAGCUUUCGCCCAUACCCUUAUGUCGACGCAUGGGAUCUCAUCCUUCUCGUCCUGCAGAUAGUGUGGGUGUUGGUCUUAUUCUACUUAAUCUAUGUAGAGAUCAACCUUGCUCGAACAUUCCGAUGGCAGUACGUAACAGAUCCAUGGACCUACGUGCAACUCCUGAACGUCAUGACGGCAUUCGCAGCAUCAUCUCUCUAUGUUGUGAGAAUAGUGUUUGUGAUCAAGGCGAUUGAAGACGUCAAGAACAACAUCGGCGAAUAUGUCUCCUUUGACAAGAUGAUUGAGAUCGAUGAAUCGUACACAGCAUCUCUGGCUAUCAUAGCGUUUAUAUGCAUCCUUCAAAUUUUAAAGCCAUUGUCGUUUAACUUUUUCUUUGCCCUCCUAAAGAACACCCUGCGUAAAGCAUUUAGUGUGUUGGCCUGUUGCUUUCUAUUCAUUCUGGCCAUAUGGAUGGCUUUUGGCAUCAGCGGCCACUUCCUUCUUGUGCGAACCACGGCGACUUUCCGUACAUUUCCGCGCACAUUAUGGACGCUGCUGGGCAUGUCAAUUGGUAUCCUCAAGUAUCCUGAGGCGAUGGGAGACAAUCUGGGAGAGGAUGCGUUGGUGAAUCGUAUCAGUUUCGUGAUGUUCAUGUUUAUUUCGUACAUGGUGCUCAUGAACCUGGUCGUCACGAUAUACCUUGAGAUGUACUCAGCUAUCCGGGGGAGCAAGCAGCUGAAGGGAUUUGAUAGAGAGCUGAAUGACCACUUCUGGAAGCGCGUCCUCAUGCUGUGGAAUGCCUUCAUCAACAAGCAGCCAAACGCGUGGUCGUAUGAUGUCCCAAAAAUAGAUGCACCUGCUCCAAUCCAAGCGGAGGAAUCCUAUCGAAGAGGCCAUACCGGCAGCAUGCAUCUUGACCAGAUUGUCAGGAUAUCAACAAUGAUUCACACGUCUAUGGGCAACGCCUUCAAGAAGUACAGCAGCGAGCUCGAAACGGUCAAGCUUGACGUAAGAGCAGCAAAGGCUGCGUCUGAUGACAUGAGCAGGAAACUGCAGGAUACCAAGGAGGACCUCGCAGUCACGAAAGACACGGUCACCUCCAUCAAAAAGGCGAUUAAUGAUGCGUUGACGAAGAGAAAGGAGACGGACUGGCUGCGGGCUCACCCAGAGGAAUGGACGAAGCAUAGGUACUACUAUGAAGACGGACUCUUAGCUUUAACAGUGGCAGCGAUUCCCAACGAGUUCUCGGAGAGUUACCUGACCGUGGAGAGGAUAGACGACCCAGAUUUGAAGCAUCUGACCUGCCCAGACAUGGCGGGCAUCAUUCUACCAGUGUGUGCCAUACACACGACGGAAGAUUUCCUAAUCGAAGAGCCAAUCCUGGUGACCCUACCUGUCCAUGGCGGCGGCGUUGAUGAUAGAAAAGAACUACUCCUGAAGGCGAGAAUUUAUGCAGGGGACGAGUAUGAGGAGUUUUCGGCGGAUCCAGUCCAAGCUGAUGACCAAAGUUUGAUCGGACUGAGGGCUGCAUUCACUGCCGUACCGGAGAGCCUUGCAGUGGUUCAGAUUUGGCACCGAGAUUAUGUGAUGAUAGGACCGGAUGGUGGCGAGGUUGUCAGCACACGUGACAGCAGGGUCAAGGUCACAUUCCCAAGCGAGGCUUUUCAUACUAUGUGUAACGUUACACUUCAGGUAAAAUUCAUUGACAUCAACGAGAGUGACCAGUGUGGCUCGAGUCACGUGGUUAUGCUCACCCUAUCAGAGAGGGCCAUGAAACCGGUAGAGGCUACUAUACCGUUCCUGGACCCCAAAUCGGCAGUUGAAAAGAUGAAGCAUCUCUUGAUACGGCAAGGCGCUAGAGACUGGUGUGAUGAUUAUACGACUCCGGUCAGAAGCUCCGGCCAAGUCGUCUCGUUUCAAGUGAUAUUACCGCGCGCUGGGGAGGUAAUGAGCUUCUUCGCCAAGUCGGGCAAUUCGUCGUUGAUACCUAGGACUCGGAAAGCAGAUCCUAUCACCGAGGUCUACCUAACGAACCUUGCCACAAAGAUGGGCUCGGACUGGGAACGGGCCAUAUACGCACUUGACGGCGGGCUACACCACCGAGCUGCCCAUGGGCUCCGGGGAAAGUGGGACAUGUCGGAUGAAGAGAAAGGGGCAAUGGUUCUGAGAAAGUGGCUGAAUAACCAGCAGGUCUCCGUGGAUAAGGUGAAACUACUGAGGGAUGCGUAUCAAGACAUCAACCGCCCAGACCUCGUCUCCGACCUCGACCGCUCGGCGGAAGUGUUCAGGAACUUCAUAGAUGAACGGGUUCAAGAUGCGAAUCUGCUGAAAGCCUUCCGCGCGAUCAUUCAGAGUGACAAGGUUACAUGCUGCUGGCGAGCCCUGGCGGCGCGACUUGACCUCUCCGAUGACUGUGUGAGCGAACUCGACAGGCGGGAGCCGCCUUUGAGCGUGUCGGAGAAAUGCUUCGAAGUGCUGUCCGAAUGGAAAGAGAAUGGAAAGAACGUGACACUGAAAUAUCUGCGUAGGCAUUUGUCGAGUUUGGGUUGCAAGCUAGCUGCAAACAAGCUGGCAGACUUCAUGUAGGUGCAGUGGUAUUGAUGAACUUGUGAGUUAUUCGAGAGACUUGCCUUGGAUUGCAGUGUUAGGGUUUAGCAUCAGGGUAACAGCCGAGACCUUUGGCUUACAGGGACAUCAGUCUGUCGACUGAGCAGAAGGGAAAUUCGCUCCAGUCUUGGCUAGAAUGAAUGAUGCCACUCCUUCAGUACAUGAGACAUGAUAUACUAUUAGCCAGUAUGUUGGUAUAUUGGGUGAGCCCAAAAAGAGACGUUUCGAAAUGGAUGGAGCGAUAACUCACGCAGUUCUAACGAUAUCAGAUUUUGCACUCUGUUUGAUAGUAAUCUCUUAUAUUGGUGUAUAGAGUUUUAAGAGACUAUGGCUCCGUCAAAGAUGCUAAAUAUGUAAAGAAGAUUAUCCCAAUUUAAGAAUAAAUUCAAGCUAUAAAUA